CCCAUCCCACCACGCCUCAAAACCUCUUGAUACGCUGCGGGGUGUCGUCCUUGUCCUCAUUCACUCACCUACUCUCUCUCUCUUCCUCUUUCUUUGGACACGUACUCCCUGUACCGCGCAUCAACAAUCCCCCGCCCUUCACCAUGUCGGGAAUUUUUGCUACUCAGUACGUGCAGGGCGUGUAUAUUCCUUCGGCCCUGGUUCUUGUUGGGACUGCCAUCAUCAAGAAGGAAUGGAUGCCCUUUGCUGUUGCUCUCGUGACUGUUCUGGGCGGCUGGAAGGUUUUCAUUAAUGCUCCCCGCAAAGUGCUCAAGCCCAACGAGUUUCAAGAAUUCGAAUUGAAGGAGAAGACCAUCCUCUCUCACAACACUGCCAUCUACCGAUUCAAGCUUCCAAACCCCACCGACAUCCUCGGCCUCCCCAUUGGCCAGCACAUCUCUCUCGCAGCAACCAUUGCAGGCCAGCCCAAAGAAGUCGUCCGAUCCUACACUCCCGUUUCCUCGGAUGAAGACAGGGGCCACUUCGACCUCCUCAUCAAGUCCUACCCAACCGGCAACAUCUCCAAGCACGUCGCCUCGCUCAUGGUCGGGCAGACAAUGAAAGUCAAGGGCCCCAAGGGCGCCAUGGUCUACACCCCCAACAUGGUCCGCCACUUCGGUAUGAUCGCCGGCGGCACUGGCAUCACCCCCAUGCUGCAGGUCGUCAAGGCCAUCAUCCGCGGCCGCGACGCCGGCGACACAACCGAGGUCGAUCUUAUCUUCGCAAACGUCAACCCCGAGGACAUCCUCCUCAAGGAAGACCUCGAUGCGCUCGCUGCCAAGGACCCCAAGUUCCGCGUCCAUUACGUUCUCAACAACCCACCCGAGAAGUGGAACGGUGGCGUUGGCUUCGUCACCCCGGAUAUGAUCAAGGAGAAGCUUCCUGCUCCUGCCGCAGACGUCAAGAUCUUGGUCUGCGGUCCCCCACCCAUGGUAGCUGCUAUGAAGAAGGCUACCGAGAGCUUGGGAUUCGCGAAGGCGAAACCUGUCAGCAAGCUCGAAGACCAAGUUUUCUGCUUUUAG